CUACUACUACUACUACUGACUCUCCUCUCUCUGUAAUCAAGCUGUCAGCUGUCUGCUAGUCUUCUGUCAGCCACCCUUGGAAUGUAGAGGGGAUAAAAGUCACAUCAACAUAUUCUGUUCUAAAAUAUCUAUAUCCCUGAUAUAUGAAACGAACUACAGUGUCCUGAUUUGAGACAGAACAAUUUAGGUAUUUUGUGCAAUGGGUAACACAGCAUUACAGCAAAAGUGCGAAACAGCAUCAAAAACAGGUGUUCUCAAAAUUUCUCAAAGAAAACUCACGGAAUUUCCGACAUCUGUGAAACGUUUAGAUCAAGUAAUACGUGUGUUAGAUUUUUCUGAAAAUUAUUUUGUAACAAUACCAAAGGAAAUAGGAUUAUUCAUACAUUUGAAACAACUCAACCUUGAAAAUAACAGGCUUGUUAGUCUACCAGAAGAUAUUGGUAAUUUAUCAAAAUUAGAGUCUUUUAAUGUAAGUUACAAUAAGCUCACGUCACUACCUGUCACUUUAGGGAAGCUAAAGCAUCUGAAACAAGUCCAAAUUACUGAUAAUCUACUUACUGCAUUUCCUGUAAUGCUUUGCCUGCUGAAGCAUUUGGAUUUUGUUGAUUUAUCAAGGAACAAAAUUGGUGAAAUACCAAAUGGUAUUGAAAAUCUGUAUGUGACAGAACUAGUCCUGAAUCAAAAUCAAGUUCGGUCAAUUUCAGAUGGAAUAGCCAAAUGCCCUCGCUUGAAAACAUUGAGGCUAGAGGAAAAUUGUUUACAGCUCUCAGCUGUACCUCUAGCUAUUCUUACAGAGUCUUCCAUAUCAAUGAUAGCAUUGGAAGGAAAUCUGUUUGAAAUGAAAGAAUUUAUGAAUCUAGAGGGCUAUGAUGCAUAUAUGGAACGAUAUACUGCUGUUAAAAAGAAAAUGUUUUGAAAAUGCACAUUUAUGAUGGGCAUAAUUCAUUUAUUUUAUGCUUCGUAGCUUUAUUAUUAUUGCGUCCACAUACUUUUAUAUUUCUUAUGCAUUUAUUUAUCAUCAUGCUCACUUUUAUGUAACAAGGAAUAGCUAGAGUGAAGUAGACACUCAAAUCCACCUGGAUGGGACCAUUUUGUUUGCUUGUAAAUACAUUGAUAAAGUGAAGCUUUAAAUUUCUUAAAAGGUUAACUUAAUCUUUUUCUAUAAAUUCUUUUCAUGACUUAUAGAAUGAGCUUUGACUCCAAAAUACUAGAGAAAAAGAUACAUAAUUUUAUGAAUUAAUUUAAUGGAUUCCCACUGAUUUUUCAAAUUGUUUGUCACCAAAUAAUUGUGAUGUGUAUACAGUGGCUACAUUUAAUCUAAGAAAAUAUUUGUUUGAACAUUUUCUUCUUGUAUGUUCUAUGAAGUUGAUGUUAUUACUUUUGUGCAUGUAACACAAUUUUGAAUGGAUACAGCUGCACCACAAGUGGAUGUGUUUCAAAGAAAAUUCCUAAAAAGGUAUUAAAGUGUGGGAGGGAAAAACUA